AUGUAAAAACCAAUGGGUCUUCGGUAAUGGAUGGAGUUGAUAUAAAAACCACGAAUAUAAUACUCCAUGAGGAUCUUUCGCCAAGAGAUGUAGCCACUAUCGAGUCAAUUCAGGAGCAACAAAUUCAGGAUGUAACCACUGUCGAGUCAAUUCAGGAGCAACAAAUUCAGGAUGUAGCCACUGUCGAACCAAUUCAGGAGCAACAAAUUCAGGAUGUAGCCACUGUCGAGUCACUUCACGAGCAACAAAUUCAGGAUCAUCCGGUGGCACAUUGUGCACCUGAUGUGUGUGAAGGUCGCUUUCACUUUUCACAAGUCACUUUUAACUAUGGUACUCCUGGAAAAAUUACGGACUCUACCUCGAUAUCAUGGCCGUGGACUGUCGGUGAACUAAGCACCGAUAUCGGCAGUUUUUUGUUCACAUACGCUAUAACGAAGAUGGAAAACGACGAUAAAUUCCCGGUUAUAGAAAAAAGUAUACAGCUUUGCGCCAACAAAAAACUUCGCUACUUCGUGUAUGGAAGUGUCGUUAAAGUACACGGAUGUAAACUCCCUCAAAUCUUGGAGGACAUAGCGUCGCUACCGCAAGCUUUGAAAAAGUUUCAAAAUAUAAAUGUGUGCAACGGUCUCGGCACCAUCAACGUUCAUCAUCUGUCGGCGGAUAGUGCAUUUAAAGAUUAUGUCGAUCGAUGGCGUUCCAAAAAUUGCACAUUGAUCUCAAAACGGAAGAGGUGUGACCACUGCAGAAAUGUGAGAAACAUAGUGCACAUGAAAGAAGCGAGAUCGAAAACGAAAGUAUCGUUAAAGCGUGUAUGUCGAGUUUCCAAUCCGAUAGAUCAAAGGAAGUUAAUCGCGCUGCGCAAAAAAUGUUUCCGUGAAAGACAGCAGAAGAAAACAGCCCAGAAACGCAUACAAUUAUUACAAGAAUCCUUGCAAAAUAAAGCAACCGAAAUUGCUUCGAUUCGUGGCGAAACGUUGGUCGACAAAUGCUCAAAAUUAAAUGUACCAACAAGUCAACAAACUGUACUCCGAGAAAUAAUCGCGGCUGCAGGGAAGACAAACGACAAAAGUCGGCGCUAUGGGGAGGAGUGGAUUAUGCUAUGUCUACUGAUGAACAUAAGAUCACCAGGUUACUACGAGUUCCUCCGUAAGAAUAACGUUUUAUCACUGCCCUGUCAUCGAACGAUCCGCAGUUAUUUCUCACUUGUCGACAUGAAAUGCGGUUUUGACGAAGAGUUUGCGAAAUUGCUCGCAAAACAUUUUGAGACGAAAACUCUUUUGCAGCGACAUGGUGUACUUCUCCUCGAUGAAAUUAACUUGAGGAAGUCAGUGGCCGUGUGUUCAAAAAACUUAACCUAUGUUGGAUUAACUGACUUCGGUAACGAUGGGCCGCAAUCGACUAACAUUGAAGAUCAAGCAACACAUGGUCUCGUUCUUAUGUUUCAGCCUCUUGCUGAUUCAUACACACAACCAAUCGCAGUGUUUGCUUCGAAAAAUCCUGUAAAGAGUGAUGAGCUUGCGAAGCUAGUUAUUAAAGCUAUUGUGUACCUGGAAAGGACCGGAGCGAAAAUUCACGGAGUCAUCGCCGACGGCGCAUCGACGAACGCAAAGAUGUGGUCCCUAUUAGAUGUCUCAGGUUCGAUGGAGGAUACAAAAACGUGGUUCACGCAUCCUGUAGAUGACGACCGAAAAGUUUUCGUCUUCUCUGAUGCGCCCCAUGUCAUCAAAAAUGUUCGGAACAGGCUGUAUAACAAGAAAAAAUUGCGGGUUAAAUCGUCCAACAAUUACAUAUGUUGGGAUUACAUCGCAGCUCUAUUCAACCUUGACAUCCAACAUGCUGGGAAUGCGAGGGCCUGUCCAAAGUUAACACAACGGCACGUUGUGUUAGACAGCACUUCGAAAAUGCGCGUUCGACUUGCGACACAAGUUUUUAGCAACUCUGUGGUACAAGGGUUACAUUUUUAUUUACGCUAUAAUCCGGAAGGGCCUCUGAAAGGAUGUGAGGAAACGAUCGGGUUCUGUAAGCGAAUGAAUGAUAUGUUCGAUGCGUUGAACCGCAAAACUCCGAAUGAAGGGCUUACCCCAGAGAGUAAAGACUUCAAGGUAUUGCAAGAAUCUCUUGAAUGGUUAAACGAGUGGGAAACGGCAUUGCAAAAAGGGGAGAUAACGGCUGAUGAAUAUUUAACAAGAGAGACUUCAAAAGCGUUGCGAAUAUCUCUGCGAUCUACUAUGGAUAUGUGCUGUUAUCUCAUCGGAAAAUUUGAUUUCCAAUAUCUAUUAACAGGAAAAGUUAAUCAAGAUAACUUGGAGAAAUUCUUUGGCACCAUUCGUCAAGCCGCAGGGUGUAACGAUCACCCACACAGCCCCACGUUCUUGCAGCUGUAUAAAAUAUUGUCGGUGUAUAGCAUAAUAAAGCCUCCAAAAUUUGGAAAUUGCACUGUGUCCGAACAAUCGUCGCCACAGCUUCUGCUGUCAUUGCAUGAUUUAAAAACAGCCUAUGGGCAAAAGUCUGAGGCAAAAAGUGUUAA